AUGACUCAGCGAUGGAAAGGUCACCUGAUCGAUAGGGUGCAAACCCUAGCGAGGACCCCGAAAUGGAACGCACUUUUCUCGCGCCGCUGCUCCACUCUACGUUCUUUAAAUCACCCAUCUUUUCUGGCGUUGUCAAAGCGAUUCCCCGAAUUGCGCCAGGAACUCGCGACAAUGCUUAUCCCCAAGGACGACCGCAAGAAGAUCCACGAGUACCUCUUCCGUGAGGGUGUGCUCGUGGCCAAGAAGGACUUCAACCUUCCCAAGCACGGUGACAUUGACACCAAGAACCUUUAUGUCAUUAAGGCUCUGCAGUCUCUGGACUCCCGCGGCUUCGUCAAGACCCGCUUCUCGUGGCAGUACUACUACUACACCCUCACCCCCGAGGGUCUUGACUACCUCCGCGACGUUCCCACGCUCCCCCCCCGCGGCAUGAUGGGCGGUGAGGAGCGUGAGCGCCGUCCCCGCGCUCCCCGUGAGGGUGGCCGUGAGGGUGGCUACCGCCGCCGCGAGGAGGGUGGCAAGGAGGGCGGUGCCCCCGGCGAGUUCGCUCCUUCUUUCCGUGGUGGCUUCGGCCGUGGCCGUGGUGCUCCCCAGUAA